GGGCUGCAGCGUCUGUCCUGUCCCUCUCUCUCCCACCCGCCGGCGCUUCAUCAGCAGGCUCCACACGUCGCUGGGAACGAGCCUGUUUUUUCCUGUUCCCGAGGAAGCGGCGAUGACUGUGAUGCUCAAGGACGAGCCCGGGCCUCCCACUCCCCCCUCCCUUAGCAGCACACACAAACUUACCUAAGCUCUCCUCUUCAGGGGCGCUGCCUGAGCAGCUUUUGGUUGGCUGGAGGCUGGAGUGAUGCUGGGUCCCCCUCCCCGCUCUCCCGCCUCCCGGCCCAUAUAAAGCGCGGCUCCGCGCCGCUGUCGCAGCCGCCAGCCCGGGACCGCGGGGCAGGUGGUGCCCGCAGCCGCCUGUUGCAGCCCCUGGCACCCUCGGGGAGGAGCCGAUGAGUUGCUGGAUGCCUGGGUGCCCAGCUCUCAGCAUGUGCCGGGGCUUAGCCGCGCUGCCCAUCACUUGCCUGGAAAGAGCCAAGGAUCUGAAGACCCGCUUGGGCAUCCUGCUUCAUAAACCCGAGCCGGGACACAAGAGUGGGAGCUCCAGCAAGCUGCAGCUGGGCUCGAGGCGCAGAAACUCCUCCCAAGAAGUGCUGGAAUGGAGGGAGUCCUUUGACCAGCUCCUCAAGAGCAAAAGUGGGGUGAAUGCAUUCCACACCUUCCUGAAGACUGAAUUCAGCGAGGAGAACCUCGACUUCUGGCUGGCAUGUGAGGACUUCAAAAAGACCCGGUCGAAAACCAAGCUGGCCUCCAAAGCCAACAGGAUCUUUGAGGAGUUUGUCCAAAAUGAGGCGCCCAGGGAGGUGAACAUCGACCACGAAACCAGGGAGAUCACCCGCAAGAACCUCUCGGGGGCCACCUCGGCCUGCUUCAACGAGGCGCAGGCCAAGACGCGCACGCUGAUGGAGAAGGACUCCUACCCCCGCUUCCUGAAAUCCGCCUCCUACCAGGACAUGACCAAGCAGGCCGCCAGCCGCGGCGCCAGCAAGCGCUCGCACACCUGACCUGGGCCGGGGGACGAGCCGGGGGGGACGAGCCAGGGGGCCAGGCACGGGGUGGGACACGGAUUGUGUGUGAGGGCCGAGGCCCGUGUGGCGGGGGUCCGGCUGAAGCCGUGGGGUUUUGGCAGGAUCCCCUGCGCCCUCAGCGCUUCAGGAGCUGCCAGAGCCACAUUCCUCCCUCCCCGGGGUGGAGCCCUCACAGCUCGGCCGGAGACCGGCAGCGCUGCAAACACGGAGAGAAAUGGGGUUUGGGCUGUGAGUGCAGCUCAAACUCAGCUCAUGGAUUGCCCUGAGCACCCAAACCCAAGAGCUCCCACCUGCUCUCUGACCGCCACAGGCUGUGGGGCCAGCACAGGACCUGCCGCUCCUGCUCACAGGGAAUGGCCAGGAUAAAAACCCCGAGGCUACGUGGCAAUUUCAGCUGGAGGGAUCCUGCAUCUGCCUUCUCCUGACCCCAAGAUCCCCAGCAUCCUGAAUGCUUCAUGAGCUGCCAGACUCACAUUCCUCCCUCCCCGGGGAUGGGAGCCCGGAGCCUCCCCUCACAGCUCGGCCGGAGACCUGCAGCGCUGCAAACACGGAGAGAAAUGGGGUUUGGGCUGUGAGUGCACCUCAAACUCAGCUCAUGGAUUGCCCUGAGCACCCAAACCCAAGAGCUCCCACCUGCUCUCUGACCGCCACAGGCUGUGGGGCCAGCACAGGACCUGCCGCUCCUGCUCGCAGGGAAUGGCCAGGAUAAAAACCCCGAGGCUACGUGGCAAUUUCAGCUGGAGGGAUCCUGCAUCUGCCUUCUCCUGACCCCAAGAUCCCCAGCAUCCUGAAUGCUUCAUGAGCUGCCAGACUCACAUUCCUCCCUCCCCGGGGAUGGGAGCCCGGAGCCUCCCCUCACAGCUCGGCCGGAGACCUGCAGCACUGCAAACACGGAGAGAAAUGGGGUUUGGGCUGUGAGUGCACCUCAGACUCAUUCAGAGAUGGAUUCCCCUGAGCACCCAAACACAAGAGCUCCCACCUGCUCUCUGACCAGCAGAAGCAGCCGCCAGCUGCGGGGCCAGCACAGGACCUGCUGCUCCUGCUCACAGGGAAUGGCAAGAAUAAAACCCCCGAGGUUACAUGGCAAUUUCAGCUGGAGGGAUCCUGCUCCUGCCUUCUCCUGACCCCAAGAUCCUCCAGCUGUGUCCUAUGCAUGCUCUGCAUCGAAGCUUUCCACCUCCUUCCAGUGCAGUGACAUUUUCAUCCCUCGCUUGAGCUCCACGACCUUCAGAUUGCACCUAAUCUUAGGUCACGUGCGUGACGUUUUAUCCCUGUUACUGUUAUUUAUUUCAUCAUUCUUGUUAUUAUUAUUAUUAUAGCUAUAUUUAUUAGAGGAGCACUGCUGAAAGCACACACGUGUAUCCCUUGCUCCGAGGAGCUUGUAAAUUAAAUUAUUUUAGCUGUUGUAGCACUUGGCAUGCUUCCCACCUUUUCUGUGUAAUAAUUUGAGAGGACCAGACAGAUUUGUAGCACAAUUUUGGAGCAAGGUACACCAGUAGCAGCAGGGAGAGCUGCUAGAGAGUUUGGAGGGCAGUGCAAGGAUGCUUUGCAGCCCAUGUUGUUCCCUCUCUCCCCUUAAAGAAGUGGAAGGCAUCUCAGCAGCUUGUCCUAGGCAGGGAACAGAGAGGUCAAACAGGUACUUUGGUGAGCAACUCUAUGGAAAACUUGAUUUUCACAUCUGGGAGAGAAAACCCAGGGCUUUGCCUGGGUUUGUAAUUGGGCUUGGUGUUCCCUUGGAUGGUGAAACCAGUCUGCAGCCACAGCACUUUACCAGAAACCCAUGGAGUGAGCAAAACCAUCCCGUGAAUUCAGUGACUUGGGGGCAGCUCUUCAGAAAGUCCCUCUCAGCAGGAAUUUUGGGGUCCUGGAGAGGUGUGGGUCCCACUUGGCAGCAGUGGUGGGUGGGUGGGUGAUGUGGAGCCUGUGCUGGGUCCUGGGGAAUGUGCCACCAGCACUGCUCCUUGCUGAGGGCUGCUUUCCAGGGCUCUGUUUAUCCCCAAAGAACAAACCUGGAGAUCCUUAUCCCACUGGUACUCACUCCUUGCCAAGGGAACUCUCUUUUGCCCCCCUGUCUCAGCAACAUCAGAGCACAGCAUCCUUUGGGCUUUUCACAGCUGCUUGAGCAGAGCAAGGGACCAAAGACCAGUUUGGGGAUGUUACUCCGAGCCCUCUUCCACCACCCCCAUCCUGGCCCCACCACUGAGCCUCUGGCUGUUGUCCUGGCUGUGUUUACAGGGAGAUAUCAGCUGCUUUCUUAUUUAUUAUUUAUUUUUACAACUGGAAGCACCUUUGCUGUGUUACUGAAGCGAGCGAUGCACAAUGGUCUGUUCUCAUUGCUGACGUAACGUUGUCAUUCCAAAAUAAAAUAAAAUAAAAUGUAAAGAGCAAAAUA